CAAACAGUAAUACACCUUAUUUUAAUACUAAAACUCUCAUAAAAACCCAUUUUCUUUGUUUUUCUCUUUCUUUUAUUUGUUUGAUCCUUCUUGUUGGUCGGUUUGGUCGUCGUUUUCUACGUUUACACACACACACGCACAGAGCGAGAGAGAGAGAGAGAGAGAGAGAGAGAGGGAGAGGGCUGUGGUGAAAUCUUGGCCGUUGAUUUGCAUGUGGUAACCAUCCGAUUCGAUUAGAAUCGGAAUCGCACGGCCGAGCGCUUUCGAUCGAGUAAUUGUUUGGUGGAGAUUUAAAUUUUUCCCAGAAAGGAAUAAUUUAGAAGACCUUUAGAGCAUAAGUUAUUUGCAUAUAAGGUUUUUAUUUAUUACAAUCAAGACUUGGUGCUGAAAUCUUGUGGAACAAUUGUAGUUUUAGGGUUUUGCUAAGGGGGUUUUGAGUUUGGGAUUUCGAAUGUUGAAGAAAUAAGAGACUUAAAGGUUCUGCUGCCUGGGCGGGAAAAUGUUGGAAGCUAGUCCAAAAUUCACUGGAAUUAUAGGCCUGAACAACCAGGACAACAACUAUUAUGAUUUGUCACAAGGAUUUUACCAUAAACUCGGAGAGGGUACCAACAUGUCCAUUGACAGUUUUGGAAGCCUGCAAACAAGCAAUGGUGGAGGUUCUGUUGCAAUGUCUAUGGAUAACAGCAGCGUUGGUUCAAAUGACUCCCACACUCGCAUUUUGAACCACCAAGGGUUGCGGAGGCGUGCUACUGACAACCACUCUGUUGCACUGAGUGUCAAUCGUCGAGGAAGAGUCACACAUGCUCUGAGUGAUGAUGCACUGGCCCAAGCUUUAAUGGAUAGCAAUUCCCCCACUUUGGGGCCUGAGAACUUUGAUGAGUGGACAAUUGAUUUGAGGAAGCUUAAUAUGGGGGCAGCUUUUGCUCAAGGGGCUUUUGGGAAACUUUACAGAGGUACUUAUAAUGGGGAGGAUGUUGCUAUCAAGAUCUUGGAAAGGCCAGAAAAUGAUCUGGAAAAGGCUCAGUUAAUGGAGCAACAGUUUCAGCAGGAAGUUAUGAUGUUGGCCAGAUUGAAGCAUCCCAAUAUAGUUCGGUUCAUUGGUGCCUGUCGGAAACCAAUGGUAUGGUGCAUUGUAACAGAGUAUGCAAAGGGGGGUUCUGUUCGGCAGUUUUUGAUGAAGCGGCAGAAUCGGGCUGUUCCAUUGAAACUGGCAGUCAAACAGGCCUUGGAUGUUGCAAGGGGUAUGGCAUAUGUGCAUGAGUUUGGAUUGAUUCACAGAGACUUGAAAUCCGACAAUCUUUUGAUUAAUGCGGACAAGUCCAUAAAGGUAGCAGAUUUUGGAGUUGCCCGCAUUGAAGUGAAGACUGAGGGAAUGACACCAGAGACAGGGACAUAUCGCUGGAUGGCUCCGGAGAUGAUCCAGCAUAGGCCUUACACACAGAAAGUAGAUGUCUAUAGUUUCGGAAUUGUUCUUUGGGAGCUCAUUACAGGAUUGCUUCCGUUUCCAAACAUGACGGCAGUGCAGGCAGCUUUUGCAGUUGUCAACAAAGGUGUCCGUCCAAUCAUUCCCAAUGAUUGCUUACCCACUCUCAGUGAGAUCAUGACCAGGUGCUGGGAUGCCAACCCCGAUGUCAGACCCCCCUUCACUGAAGUUGUCAGAAUGCUUGAGAAUGCAGAGGUUGAGAUCUUGACAACGGUUCGCAAGGCGCGUUUUAGGUGUUGUAUGGCCCAACCAAUGACUCUGGAUUGAUCCCAAGAAGAUAUUGGACAAGAAUACAGCUGUAAGAAAAACAACAGGAGAAGAAAUGGGCAGGAGAAACAUAUUGUACCCUCUAAUUAUCAAGUUUAAGAACUGUUAUUACAACUAGAACUGCUGGUUUUGGGGUUUCUAUUUUAAUGGAUUCUGUUGCUGAAUUAGUAAUAGACGAGAAUUGAUGGAUAUGUAUACAUGCCCUCUUAUUGCGGAGUGUUGUGUUGA